AUGGAGCUAAUAUGCCUUUUCCUAUUUUUAAUGCAUGGGAUGCCUUUGGCUUUUACUCAGUUUAAUGGCUACAACUGUGAUCCAGCAUUCCACAGUAGAUUCCCAGCCGAAAAAGAUAUCACUGUGUACUGUGGUGUGCAGACCAUCACACUGAAGAUCAACUUCUGUCCAGUGCUCUACUCGGGCUACACUGAUGCUGACCUGGCCCUGAACGGGCAUCAUGGUGAUGCUCAAUGCCGCGGUUUCAUCAAUAACAACACGUUCCCCACAGCAGUGCUGUUCAGCAUUAGCCUCAGCACACUGGAGGCCUGUGGAAACAUGCUGGUGGUUUCUGCAGCUCAUGGCCACAAUGCUUUUGGAAAUAUAUCCCUGGUACAGAUAGGGAAUGUAUCAGGCUACAUCGAUACCCCUGACCCUCCAACCAUCAUUAGCUACCUGCCUGGCUUGCUUUAUAAAUUCAGCUGCAGUUAUCCUCUGGAGUACCUGGUUAACAACUCUCAGCUGGCAUCAUCUUCAGCAGCAAUAGCAGUAAAAGACAACAAUGGAACCUUUGUGAGCACCUUGAGCUUGAUUCUAUACAAUGAUUCAUCCUUCAGUCAGCAGUUGUCCAUUCCCAUGGCUGGUCUGGCUUUGAAGACUAGAGUGUUUGCUGCUGUCAAGGCCACUAAUCUAGAUAAGAGGUGGAAUAUACUGAUGGAUUACUGUUACACCACCCCCUCUGGGAAUCCCAAUGAUGAGAUACGCUACGAUCUUUUCUUCGGAUGUCACAAAGACCCACAGACCACAGUUUUUGAGAAUGGGAAAAGCCAGAUGGGCCGCUUUGCCUUUGAAGUUUUCCGGUUUGUGAAACACAAAAACCAGAGGAUGUCCACUGUCUUCUUGCACUGUGUCACAAAGUUGUGUCGUGUGGAUGACUGUGCAGCAUUGAUGCCGAUCUGUGGAAGAAGAAGAAAGAGGGACACCACAGCUCCUCAUGCUUCUGCUGAAGAUGCUAUCAUAACUGCAGGCCCUAUAAUCACCAGAGGUGAUGAAAGCUCAACCACCAACUCACAACUUGCUUCAUCUAGCAACCCUUCCUCACCACUGGACACAGUGACAAGUGCUCUUGUUGCCGGGGUGGCAGUGUUGGGCCUGAUGAGCCUGAGCUUCUUCGUCCUUUCCAUCAGGCUUCUGCGCAGGUCCAGUCCCACAUCUCUCACUAGCAUCUGGAACCCCAGUUUCAAAUAAAAUCACAGCUUUCUGUAUCUUUUUCCACCUGGGUCACUGCCAAUUACAGAAAUUAUGUAUUGGCAGGCCCAGAAUUCUGUCUUCCAACUAUUUUUUCUUCUUAUUCUACUAUGUUACUCCUUUUAACUUCUUUAUAUCUUCUACUUCAUACAAUCUUCGGUUAUGAUUUACAAUUUACUCUUAUUGUACUUGUGUAAAGUAGACACGAGCAGCCAAAGUUUUUGUUUAUUACCUCACUUAGUUGUAAUUAUACACCUUUAUUGAAAAUGAGGAUAAAGUAGUAUAGUAGAAAGUAUAACACAUGCAAUACAUGAUUCUUUGAGCUCAAACUUACAGGGACUUUGUAUGGUUUAAUUUAAUCAUGUUUUUUCAAGCACAAAAAGUUUUUUUAAGUAGUGCAUUUCUCCAAAACACUGGUUUCAAAAUUAUCAACACCCUUACAAUUAAUAUUUUGUGAUGCCUGCCAUGGAGAGAGUUUCGUCUCUGUCUGUAAUGUCUAACAAUGCUGGAGGCACUUUUUGAGGGACCUUUACAGGGCCCAGUCUGGAGACUGAGAUGGUCAUUGCAAAACAUUGAUUUGUGUUAACUAUUUGUGUUAAUUUAGUAAUGUUGACUCAUCAUCUUUCUGAAAGCUCUGGCCACAAAACAGCCCCAAAGGUGCUUCUUGUAUGCAGUCAACUUCUGUCAUGCAUACCAUCACAUGCUGAUGGUGUGCAUGUCAAAAAUGUUUGGUGUCUUUUGACCACAACAUACAAUUAUAAUAAUCCUCCAUGAGUUUCAGGUGCCGCAUGUGGAGAUUUUCUCUGGAAAGCCUCAUUUCCUGCAAUGCUUCCCGAAAGCUUUUUAUAAAAAGUAAAAAAAAUAAAUUAAUUUAAAAUGAAAAAAAAAAAAACCCCACAAGAAUCAACUGUGCAAUUUUAAAGCUGUAAAAUGUUAAUGAAAAAUAAUACUGGGAAUAAUGAAACACUUGAAAAAAAUAUUUUUCAAGUUUUUCCAAUGACAAUUUGCAUGCAUUUAAAAUAUUUUUUAGGGGUGUAAAUAAUUUUGGCACAUAUAUGUUUAAGAGAAUGUGAAUUAUUGUGGCUAGUGUUUAUUUUAUAACAUAAUUUUUGCUUAUUUUUAUGAGGAUUGCCAAUAAUUCUAUAUAUGUUUAUGAAUAUCAUAGUGUAUGAGUAGCAAUAUGUUUAUGAUGUGAAAAUGCACUGUAUGUAUCUGUAAUAAACUUUACACUUUAGAAGUAUUUCAUGUUCUUAGUCACUAGACACUGUUUAAAUGCCACAUAUCAUUAUAUCAAC